AUGAAUUCGAUGGCAAUAUUGGCCACAUCACAACGAAUCGAGUUCGAGAGAUGUCUUGCGGAAAUCACAGCGCGCAACGGGGGUCACAAUUCCGACGUUAUAGAAGUUCUGCAACGUCUUGCUAGUGAAGCCGAAGACGCCAGCCGCAUUUUGUUGGGCGUGCAGGGAGGGGACAGUGGGGGAGCAUCUGAUACUUUGCAUCGUAUGCUAGAACAGCAGAUCCUGUUGAUCACGACACAGCUCCAGGAGGUCCAGGAGAAGGCCAAGAAAUCAUUGCUACCAACGCCGACGUCUAUUCCGCCGCCGCCGCAAGGACACAAACAGAAACAGAAGCGCCAGUACUGGUCAUAUCCAUCACCACGACCUGCUAGAACGCCGAAUUGGAUCCCACCAUCAAGUCGUCAACCCUCCGUAUCUAAGCGGUCUACUAGUCCUGUGCCGAGUAAUACGACGGACCAGUCGAACCCAUCUAAAAUUCAAAAGCCUCCAAGCCAUGAGAUUAAGGGAUUCCCUCCUCGGAUAGCAAAGAAGGUGCGUCAAGCUACCCGGGCUUCGACCCCACGCCGGCGCACGUCAGGACACACGGGACGGAAAUCUCAUGAGGCACUAGACGAACAGCCUGAGGAGGUCCGUUGCGGUCAAGCAAGUGUAAUAUCUCCUAAAUGGAGCAGGUUCAAGCCAUGGCUCACCGCGGACCAUAAGUACUCGCGUCCAGCACUCGAACCUAUAUUUUUCAAAGAAGACCAGGACCCUUCGGCCCCUCGGAAACCGGGAGAUGUGAGCGGUGCGAUACACCUCCGCAGACAGCUGGAUAAGCAUGAGGCUAGAUUGGAGGCGGCGAACGUGGAUAAGUGGAUGAAGGAUCUCAAGUAUGAAACAGAAAGCGAGGAUAAGGGCGAGGUAGAGGGCGAAGGGGAAGGGGAACGCGGCAAGAAGAGGCCUGGGGACAACGACUUGUCCCAGCCAACUGCCAAGAAAUCCCGGUCUGAGCUUCUUCGCGGCGUGCAGGGUGGUGGAGGAGGACGGAUAAAGAGGUUCAUCAACUCAAUGAACCCCUUUCGGAGCAGAGAGCCCAAGGAUCCAGAUGGCGGAAACACCGCCCCCAUCACUUCCCCGAGCAGGGAAGACUGGCCAGAGCUAGUAGAGUGUGUCAUCUUCGAGUACGCUUUGAAGCCGAGAGACACGUUUGGCAGCGGAGAGGAGGACUUGAGGGCCUUGCACUACCGUGACGCCAUUGCGGAGCUCAUUCGGCUGGUCGAGCAGGCGCCGCACGCGAUCACGGCCAAGGAUCUCCCCACGCGCAAGUACCAGACCAAGAAGUUCCAGGAGCUUAAGGCAGUGUUGAGCAAGAUCUGGACCACCGCCCUUUCGAAAAGAAGAAUCCACAAGAAGCUCGCGCAGCUCCAGAACGAAAUAGAGGCGAUUGAAAAGGGAUCUUCCCUGCUGAGGGGGAGGGCCAAGACGGGGCGUCUGAUGGAGGCGAGCCAGGAGACGGCACAUCUAUACGAGCUCCUGGAUAAGCAAGGCGAUCUCAACGACAAAAUAUUCGUCUUUGGCGAAGAGGGCGCACAAGUCAUGGCCGACUGGCUCGUGGAGACGAAGAAGCGUGUACACUUGGAGCUGGAGUUUGGGGGGAGAUCGCAGAUUAAGCCGAGGAAUUUCAAGAUUGCUCACGACGGUCGGAGGUAUGGAGAAGUGUGA